UACUGAUAACAAAUGUCAGUUGGACAAGAAAAAUCUUUGGUUUUUUGUGUGGUUGCUGGUUCAUCUGUUCAUAACUUGGAAAACCAAAAUAAAAUGCGAAUAUUCUGCAGGACGUUGAGGAAAAUUCCCAGCUUUCAAAAUGAUAUCUUCAAAAAUAAUUCAUAUAAAUUGCAACGGGCAAACUAUAGCUCUGAUAUAACUCCAAUAAAAAUGGCUGUCAAUGUUUUUGAAUCCAAAUCAACGGAUCCAAAUGCAUCACCUUUGAUGAUCAUGCAUGGACUUUUUGGAUCAAAACAAAACUGGAGAGGAAUUAGCAAAGCUCUUGAAAGUAAAACGAAACGAAAGAUUUAUAAUGUAGAUGCCAGGAAUCAUGGCGAUAGUCCACAUGUUCCUGAACAUAAUUCAGCUUGUAUGUCUGCUGACAUUGCUUUGUUGAUGCAGGAAGAAAACUUAAAACGAAUCUCAGUUAUGGGUCACAGCAUGGGUGGCAGAACAAUGAUGUAUUUUGCAUUAAAAUACCCUGAGCUGGUGGAAAAGGCAAUCAUUGUUGACAUAUCACCAGUAUCGAUUCCAAAGAAUUUUGGACUCAUGGAAGAUAUAUUUUUUGCAAUGAAAAAUAUGAAAGUAUCGCCAGAUCUUCCGAUGGCAGAUGGAAGGGCAAUUGUCGAGCGUCAAAUGAAGGAAGUUGUCCAUGAUAAGGAAACUGUUGACUUUAUCAUGCUUAAUUUAAGAAAAUUAAAAACUGGAGAGUUUGUUUGGGGUCCAAAUGUAGCUGCAUUGAAUGCCAACUUUUCACAUUUUAGAGCUCAAACAUUUGAUAUGCCACCAUUUAAUGGACCUGUGCUAUUCAUUGGUGGAAAACGGUCCGAUUUCUUAGACCCGGCUGAUUGGCCAAAAAUUAAGGAACUCUUUCCUAAUGCUGAAUUGGAAUGGUUAGAUGCUGGACAUCUGGUUCAUUUUGAUCAACCAGCGAAAUUUAUGGAUUUAGUUUGUAAUUUUCUUAAGAGUUAAAAAUGUGCAAUAUGUAUGUCCAACAAACACAAUUUCAAAUUCUAGGAAUAUUUGACAAAUAAAUAGCAAAUUUAUUUUAA